ACGCCGCUACAUCCACUGUGUGGCUCGUCUCAAUAGGAGGACGAUAGACCGUAAAAAAAAAAAAGAAAAAGAAGGAAAAAACACACCUCUCCAGUCCGCCAGUGAAUGAAUGAAUUGAUGGAUGAGUGAAUGACUACACCGGAGACGUCCCGCCGCUGCCCACGUCUUGAAUUUUAGGUCUGCGAGAGCGAGCGAGGAGACGCUGUUCGUUCAAGGGGGUCGACGCCACGGCUGCCUCUCUGCCCCUAUCAUCAUCGCCGGACCACUGCACUCCUGAGGAGCCCACUGCUUUCUUCAGGCAUUUAUUCUCCUCCGCUCCCUAUUCCCGCGACUCCAUCUCUGCUCCCAGAUCAACGUCCUCCAGCCAGUGAAGAAGCCAUGCUCAUGUCGUCCCCUCAUGGCCGUAACACGACCGCCAUCACCCUCCUCCAGUCACAGCUGAUGUUUGUGCUGGCCCUGGCUGUGCUGCUCUGCCCCUUGGGCUUAGUGACAGUUCAGGGGGAGAGCCAGACCCAGUCUCCUACCCAGGUGCUCCAGGACCUGCUGGCCCGCUAUGGCGACAACAGCACCAUCACGGUGCCCCAGCUGCGGUCUCUGCUGGCUCUCCUCAGCCAGGGUCAGGGUGAAGUUGACAACAACACCAGCAAUGUGUCGGAGACGCCUAAAAGCACACCUCCCAAAUCCAACAGCUCCAAGUGCUUGCCUGAAGACACAUUGGCUAUUUACAGCAUUAGCGAGCAGUCACGCCUGGAUGGGCGGGGUUUACAGGAACUUUGCCCCACUAUGCUUCAGCAGUUGGAUGCUGGGACUUGCAGGGUGCAAAAAAAGGAGAUGCUGAGCGGUGACACCUCCCCCAGGCCUUCAGAUGCUGAAGUGUGGGGUUAUGGGAUCCUGUGUGUGACACUGAUCUCUCUGUGUUCGCUGGUCGGGGCGAGCGUGGUGCCCUUCAUGAAGAAAACCUUUUACAAGCGACUGCUUCUCUACUUCAUAGCCCUGGCCAUUGGCACGCUCUACUCCAACGCCCUGUUUCAGCUCAUCCCAGAGGCCUUUGGCUUUGACCCCCUGGUGGAUUUCUACGUGUCCAAGUCUGCAGUGGUGUUUGGAGGCUUUUACCUUUUCUUCUUCACCGAAAAGGUCCUCAAAGUGCUUCUCAAACAGAAAGAUGGGAGCCACGGCCACAGUCAUUAUCCCGUUGCAGAUCGUUACUCGACACCCGACAGGGAUUUGGAGGAGGCCGAGAAGGAGAAACUGCAGCAGAACGGAGAAGCCAGCAGUCUGGCUCUGGGCAAGGUGGACGCAGGGGAGGGCGAGCUCAUGCUCAGCCCUGCACAGACACCACAGGACUCCCAGAGCCCAGACAGCGGGGGGCGGUCUGGAAGCGGCGGUGGCUGCUACUGGCUGAAGGGGACGACCUAUUCUGACAUCGGCACACUGGCCUGGAUGAUCACGCUAAGUGACGGUCUGCACAACUUUAUUGACGGCUUGGCCAUCGGCGCCUCAUUCACCGCCUCCGUCUUCCAGGGCAUCAGCACCUCUGUGGCCAUCCUGUGCGAGGAGUUCCCCCACGAGCUGGGAGACUUCGUGAUCCUGCUGAACGCUGGCAUGAGCAUACAGCAGGCUCUGUUCUUUAACUUCCUGUCUGCCUGUUGCUGUUACCUGGGCAUGGGCUUUGGCAUCCUGGCAGGCAACAGCUUCUCCCCCAACUGGAUCUUUGCCCUGGCAGGAGGAAUGUUCCUCUACAUAGCGCUAGCAGACAUGUUCCCAGAGAUGAACGAGGUGAGUCGUGAGGAAGAGGACGCAGGCGGCAGCAGCUUCCUCCUCACCUUCGCCAUCCAGAAUGCCGGCCUGCUGACGGGCUUCUCCAUCAUGCUCCUCCUCACCACCUACUCUGGACAGAUCCAGCUGGCCUAGCACCAGACUCCUCUGGCCCAUACCAGCCCUGACCAGAAUGAAAUGAAACUGGGGUGUAAGCUGGUUUGUGCUGGUGGAAACUGGCCCCGCGAGGAGGGAGGGAGGCUGAAACCUUUUUUUUUCUCUUUAUCCUCCAUGCUGUUUAAGUUUUCAGGACCCUGGAGUUUGGGGAGUUAGGCUGUGCGGCAGGUACGCACACUCCCCUAUAGUAAAUAUUUGAAUAUCUUUUCUUGUGCUGUUCCCACAUGCAGUAAACCCCAGGCAGAGGCGGAGUCGGCCUUUUUUUCAUCAACGUUUUCCUGACAGCUGCCCUUACAGUCUAGAAACAUCAACUGGAGCAGAGUUCAGCCUACAAAGUCGACCUAAAGAUGUGCGACUCCUGUGCUGACAAUGAACUGACGUGCAAUACUCACCCAGUCACUUAAAUUGUUCUCUAUUCCCCAGACUAUUGAUCCGCCAUUUUAGCUCCUGCUCUCAUUCCCUAUCCUCUCAUCCUUCCCUCAGUGGAUGUCGUUGAGCCUCAACCAGGGCCUGUUGAGAUUCAUUAGAUGCAGAUUAGUUAUAUCACUAAUCCUCUGUGCCGCCAACAUUUCCUUGGGAGGGGGGAAAGCACAAUCAGGUAACAGCAGCUGUGUUACUGAAUAACUCCCAUCGUUGAGUCUUUAUCCUUCAGUUCCAGACUGUAACCCCCCCCAUUUUUUUUUUUUCAUUCCAUACCAAAAGCAAAUUAUUACGGACCUGAACUGGAAUUUUAUUCAAAUGUCAACAUCGACUAGACUUCCAGAUGGACUUUGUUGUUCGUGGGUUGAUGUUAUAUUUUUUUACACGUGAAAAAAAAAGGAAAAAUGAUCAGACUUUUGAAGACCAAAUGUGGGCAGACCAUUGAGAAUGGUGAAGGGCUACACAGUGACGUUUCGGAGGGCACACUUUGUGCUCCUGACUGUAGACUCGUCUAUUUUCCUCGACAUGCAGGUAGAAAUUCUUAACAAAGCCUGGGUCCCAAGUUAUGUAAAGUGACAGAAAGUCCAGAGUUUGAUUUUUAGUGGCUUUAGCCAGAUCAGACGCAAUAACACCCAGCGUCCACAGCAGCAUUUCUCCAUGGUUAACCAUCCGUGCCCUCGAUUAAUAUAGCAUUGAAUAGUUAUAGCUUUUUUUAUUCCUUGUAUUCUUGAGCUCUGGUCUUCGCACAUCCCAUUAGUCCAUGGGAUGUGCGAAUUCCCAGAAUUAUCAAUUCUUUUACAGUCUAGUCAUAGUUUUAACAAAAUACUGUGACCUGAGUCAUAUGAGCACGCACAUUUUUCCUACUGGUCCGGUCUUUGAUCUUAUCCAUACAAAUCAUCCAUAUUAAUAAGAAAAAAAUAGGUUAUCUACUGUAUUUAGUUACUUAGGUUGUUAUGACAAAUAUCUGAUUCUAAGUUACACAGUAUGGCCAAAAGUAUGUAGACACAUGUACUUUGUACUUUGUUGUGGGACUGUUAUUCAGGACUUGGGCUGGCUCCAGUUCCUGUCUCUCGUGUCUUACCAUUAUAUUCAAAUCACAGAAAUAAGCACGUGCUUUUGAUAAAAUUAAAAAAAAACAAAAAAAA